GCGGCAGUCUCCCGGCCAGCCCGAGAGCAAACGCGAGUGCGUGCCGGCUGCCGGCGGUGCGUGUGUGCGAUGCGUGAGCCCGGAUACGCGCGUCGCGACGCCGAGCUGCCGCCCACGUGUGCCGGCGUCGGCGCCGGGCCCGCGACCCGUCAACGCCCGCCUCGGCCGGGCUUUUUUUGUGCUACCGUUACCCGGCGCAGGAAAGUGUCUGUUCUGUGUGCUCGCUAACGUUCGCAGUGCCGCCCGUGUGCUAAGCGCGUGUGCUUUCAGGGCCGGCAGCUGUCAUCUCUGUGUGAAAUCUUUAGCGCCCUGCCAUGUUUCGCCUCGUGGCGUACUCCGUGCUCGGCCGUGGCGUGCCGGCGUCGUAUUUUAGGGUCCAGUCGUAGCGAAAUGCUGAAUUACUGCCGCAUAAAUAUAUUUUUGUUGGUCGCGUAGUGUUAAUAUCUCCACCGCGAGUGCCUUUAGAAGCCGUUCCGUGUCGCUGAAUGAAGUGCGGCCACGUGCAUUUGUUGUAUACAUCUCAUCCAGAUUAAAUUACACACCAGUUCUUGCUCAAGUAAUGAAUAUCUCGUGUCCAUACGCAAUGUAGAAUUUCUGUAGUCGGAAGACAAUUUUUCUACUAGAUAAUAGCCAACGGUAGAGAAAAAGGCGUAGCUUUAACACUAUCGCUAGAAAGCAUAUCGUAAUUAUUGUGGAGCAACAGAAUAUGCACGCAAAGCACACAGAAUAGUACGAAGCAUUGACGAUAGGUCAGUUGUCUUAGCAAGAAUGUGUUGACAGCGACUGUUGCCGCCACUGCUUGUAAAUUUAAGAACAGUGCCUACGCCGUCAACGAUUGUGACUGAUUGUAGUGACCUCUCAUGACGAUAGCAGUGAAUAUUUUUGAAGCUGUUCGGUCCGACCCCAUGUGGCCCAACAGCCUGGCGGCCGGGUGCAACCCGGAUGGCGACCUGGCGUUCCCGCCGUUCAGCAGCCCCUGCGGCUCGGGCUCGAGCGCCACCAGCAUGGCCUACCUCAAGAGCUCGCCCUACUCCGUCAACGGCAUCGGCCUGCCCAUGCCAUCCAUGGACUCCCUGCAUUCCAGCAUGGGCUACCCCUCCGCUCACCUCCUCCUCUUGCCGACAGCUGCCAACCCUCGGAAGCAGCGCAGGGAGCGCACGACGUUCACGCGCGCCCAGCUGGACGUUCUGGAGGCGCUGUUCGCCAAGACGCGCUACCCGGACAUCUUCAUGAGGGAGGAGGUCGCCCUCAAGAUCAACCUCCCAGAGUCCAGGGUACAGGUGUGGUUCAAAAACCGGCGGGCCAAAUGCCGGCAGCAGCAGAAGCAGCAGCACCAGCAGCAGCAACAGAACGGCGGUGACAAGGGCGGCGGAGGAGGCGGUACGGGCGGCGGCCGCUCGGGCGGGGGCGGCGCGGCCAAGGCCGGCAAGGCGGCGUGCGGGGGCGGCGCCAGCAACAAGUCGCCGUCGCCCGGGUCGGCGGCGGGGCCGGGCGCGGUGCAGCAGGCCCCGCAGCCGCCGGGGGCGGUGGUGGUGUCGCCGCAGACGACGAGCGACGGCUCGGCCACCAGCUCGCCCAGCGUGGCGGCGGCGCGCGACUCGCCCGGCGCCGGCGCCUACAUCAAGCCGCUGCAGCUGUCGGCGUCGCCCCCGGGGGGCGGCUACAACCCGGCCGCCAUCUGGAGUCCCGCCGCUAUCGACUCCUGCCUGGACCAGCCGCACCACCACCGCCCGGCCGUCCCGGCGCCACCCCCGCCGCCUCCGCAGCAACCUUACGCCGCCCCUGGCGCCACCACCGCGGGCACCGGCGCGGGUUCUGCCGCCGCCCAGGCCGCUAACUGCUACCCGCACCAAAACUAUGGCGCAUACUACACCAACAUGGACUACCUCAGCCCGGUAGCGAUGUCUCACUCGCAGCUAAACGUGCCGGAAAAUUCCUUAGAGACUUCUUGGGCAAAAAGCAGAGAAGAAUCUUGGUUUUAUAAUUCAUCUGGCUGGGACAGAAAAUGAGAUUUGUUGUUCACAGUUAGUCUAGUUCCAAGAUGACCUCAGUAUACACAAAACCAAGGUGACCUCUUCCACACCUGGCAGCAUGGAAAUGACCUGUAGGCAUUGCCAGGAAUCAUCAUAGGAUUCAGAGACAAUACAGUCCAUUGUGGCCAGUUUUUGAGGCAAAUAGUUCAUAAUUAUGAAGUUGGCAAAAGUGAUUUGAAAUUCAAAAAAAUUGGAGGUAUUUAAACAUCUUUGUCAAUAACUUGUACAGGUUGCCUCAUACAGAAAAUUGUUUUUUCUUGUUUUUUGAAAUGUGUAUCACAACACUGUCACCCUAAAGUUACUUUUACAUAAGCUCAAAAAUAAAUGUAAUGAGUCUACUAUCACUGGAAACACUGUGAUAUGUCAAAGACUUGCACGUUUUCCUCUAAGCAAGGUAAUAAAUGAAGAAAUGUUAUUUACUUUGACAUAAAUGUCAGGGUGAAUAAUUUGAAAAUUAUUUCCCUAAUUGUUUCAGUGUCUUAAAUGAUGUAAUUUUAUUAUCAAUUUUCAAAUAGCUUACCUUAUUAUCUUAGCUUUUUUUCAUUUGGGAUGCUGGUUUGUGUUCACCUAAUUUCAAGGUGUUUGUAUACAUACAUAUCACUCUUACAGUAUUCUUCCAAGCCUUUUUAUGGAAAAAGUACAAAAUUUUUACUUGUGUAUAGCACACACAGUCAAAUCCUCACACCUACCUCCCUACACCAUGCUCAUUCAACUGCUAGCUCUUUCUCAGCCCACAGUGAGGUGAGGUGAGGGUUCAGGAUGGCGUGGGGUGAAGGAUGGAGAGAGGCAGUCAGCAGGAAGGGUGUUCGGGGAAAGUUUCCAGUGGCUCAUGGGAAAGUGAAGAGUCAUCUGUGGUCUAGCUAGGGAUGCUGGUAUAGAGGGCAGGUGGCAGAUGGCUGGGCACACGAUUUUGCAGACUAGGGUGUGAGAUAGUGGCACACAACUAGCUGACACAUAUUGGGCAGGGGUACUGAGAUAGGGAAUGGUGUACACACACACACACACACACACACAAACUAUUGGGUGGGGGUGACAGUGAGUACCAUAGGUUUAGGUCAGGGAGGUUACGGGAGCCAAGUACAUGCUGUAAAGAUAGCUCCCAUCUGCGCAGCUCAGAAAAGCUGAUGAUGGUGGGGAGGAUUCAUGCGGCACAGGUUGUGAAGCAGCCACUGACAUCUUGCAUGUUAUGCUCUGCAACAUGUUGUGUCACUGGGUGUUCUACUUUGUUUUUUGCAGCAGUUUGGUGGUGACCAUUCAUUCUGGUUGAUUGUAAUACCAACAUAAAAUGCUGUGCAGUGGUUGCAGCAGAGCUCGUACAAGACAUGGCUGCUUUCACAGGUAGUCCAGCCUCUGAUGGGGUGGAAUAAGCCUGUGAUGGGACUGGAGUAGGAGCUGCUGGGCGGAUGGAUAGGGCAGGUCUUGCAUCUUGGUUUUCCACAAGGGUGUGAUCCCAGUAGCAGGAGUUUGGGGUGGGAGUGGCAUAGGGAUGGACUAGCAUGUUGUGGAGAUUGGGUGGGUGGCAGAACACUGCCCUCUGGGAGGGGAUGGAAGUAUCUUGAGUUUGAUGUCCCUCAUUUCAGGGCAUGAUGAUAGAUAAUCAAAGCACUGUUGAAGGACGUGAUUCAGUUGUUCCACUCCUGGGUGGUAAUGGGUGACAAGGGGGGUGCUUUUUUGUGUUUGGUUCUUGAGAUGUAUGUGAGGGUCAGGUGUGUGUGUGUAUGUGGGGGGGGGGGGGGGAGAUGGCAUAGGAGUUCUGUUUGUGUAUUAGGUAUGGGGGUAUUGCCUGUCUGCAAUGGCCUUUGUGAGGCCUUCAGCAUGCUGGGCAAGGGAGUUUUGUGCUGCAGGUUGCCAUCUCACACCCUAGUCUGUGAAACUGUGUUCCCAGCUGCCUGCCAUCUGCCCCCUCUACCUGCACCCGUAGCUAGCUACAGAUGGCUCCACACUUUCCCAUGAGCUGCUAGACGCUUACUCCCAAUCACCUCCCUCUCUCCAUCCCUCACCCCACCCCAACUUGUACCCCCCAACCCUCACCUCACCCUAGUACAAAGCAAAGAGCUGGCAGUCAACUGCUAGCAAAGCAAAGCCCUGUACCUUUUGAUAGUGUACUUGGUGGUGACACAGUGCUUCUGCCUUUCGGUUAGUCGUCUCCUUUAUUCCAGAGUAGGUUCAUAACAUUGUGUAGGUGAGAUAUGAUUAGUUGGAUGUAACACUAUCACUUCCAAACAUCUUGAUGUCCACUGACAAUGAAUUUUGUAAUAUAAAUCUAUAUGCACCCAUGGUCAUGGUGUUCUAGUGUGUAAAGCACUAGACUCUGGCCCUGGAAGCCCCAGAUUCAGUCCCAGAUGGGGGUGGGGAUUUGUCUAUAUUCCAGUCCCACCAGCAUGCCCCAGGUCCACUCAGCCUACUAUCAAAUGAGUACUGGUGAUCUUCACCAAGAAUAAAGAGCAGCUAGAACAAUGGGCAUGCCAUUCUCUCCCUCCAAGUACUGUGGCAAAGAAAGGUCACACUCUACUUACAGUCAGGCCAAUAGCCCAGUCACAGGCUGUGCACCAUAGACUUUACUGUUUCUUUUUUCUUCUGUGACAGUUGUGAUACAAACACACAAGUUUUCAGGUUGCACUGUGAUUACUUCUGGUUUCUACAUUUCAACACAUAUGUGCAUAAUACAGCAUAACUAAGGUGAAAGUGCAAAACUUACAUAAUUAAGUUUGAGAAGAAGGAGGUAGGUACUGGCAGAACUGAAGCUUUGAGGUCAGGUCAUGAGUCAUAGAGGGAUAGCUCAGUUGGGUAGAACAUUGCAUGCAAAGGCAAUGUUAUGGAUUUGAGUCCCAGUCCAGGGUACAAUUUUCAUUUGCCAGGAAGUUUCUAAACAAAACUUACUAGUUUGUAGCUACUCUGGAUGUGUUUAAUAAAUGUAGUGUAAUGAGUGUAUUUUCACAGCAAAAUAUAACAUCAUUCCCAUAGAUUUCAUGUGUGGCAUAUUUGCAGUUGUGAACGUACUGCUGAAGUAUAUCUAUAAAAUGAUGAAUGUGUGAAGACGUAUGUAGUCUCUCACAAACAGCUGCACUGGCUGUUUUUAACAUGCUAAUGUAAAUUAUCAUAUUCAAGAGAAAAAAAUAAUUUUUCUCAGAUCCAUGUUGACUUAAUUUUAUCAAUAUAUUGCAAAUGUUUAAAAGUGAAUGGCAGUAACUGAAAUAUUUUACCUCACACUUCUUUGUUAUCUUUGCCUGUACCAGGAUUCACUGAGAAUAUGUCUCAAAGAAAUAACCUUGGGUGACAAAUGUCAAUGUGUCCUGAAAGGUUUUCCAUAGUUUAAAUAUAGGGGCAUAUUACCAGCUGUCAUCCAUUUCUUCUAGUCAUAGAUUGUAAGGAAAUUAUUUUGUUUGAGGCAACCUGUGUUAUAAUAAUGUAAAUGACUUCCUUCAUGAAAUACAGUAAAAAUUCUGAUGUUUACUGAUAAUAAACUGUGUAUUGUAUCCUACAUUAUAAUUAUUGACAAUUUAAGACAUUAUUAACAAUUUUUAUUAUAUAUAUUUUUAAAAAUGUUGCUAUUGUUGAGUACUAAAUCUUUCUUCUGUGGCUUAGAUACUGGACUAUGUGCAUUCAGUGGGGAUUAAUGAAUACUAGCCACACACAUGUGGCCCUCAGAGCAGGCAAGGGUUUCAUGUUUCCAUUUAACUCUGUUGUGUACAUUAUGAAAGUUGGAAAUGUUUUCCCAGAAUUUUGUGUGUCUCUCAAACUGCUUUCAAAAUACAAUUAUAUUAAUUUACUUAAAGGGAAGAGUGCAAUAUGUGAACAUGGCAGAGUAUAAAGAAACAAAGGUGGCACAGAGGUAGUUUAUUUUAUACAGAAAUUAAUUUGGCAACCUGCAGUAAAUGGGUUCCUUUGUUCAGCACAAUGUGGUAAAACUACACACUGGAUCUGAACUGACUGCUUCAAAGACAUUUUUAAACUUGAAAAUAGAAGUAAAUGCAUUUCUAAGCUGGGUGAGUUUCUGCAAAUAAUAAAAAUGACAACAAUGAUGACUAAUGCAGAUGUUUUUUUCUCGAAACAUUAAUCUCACACUGCAUGCACAUUAUCUGAUGUCUACAGCAGUGGCAUAUGUACUCAAAGAGAUUGGGUUCUUUUCAAGAAAAUGCUUAUUAUUUGUGUAAAUAUUAUGUACAAGAUCCUUCUAGAAAGAGUACAAGCAAAAACCAAAUGUACUGCUCAGAAGUGUGGCAAGUUCAAAACUACCAUAGACUGGAUGACUAUACUGUAUUCUGUAGUUGCUUGAAGUUAAAGAAUUGCGAUAUGCUGUAUAUGUAUCCUUAAUAAUGUAAUGAAAAUUAGAGGGAGUCAAAUA